CCGAGCCGAAGCCGCCGCCGCGGCGCCCGCCCGCCCCGCGGCCGAGGAGGGCCCGGCGGGGCAGCCUCGCCGCCCCCGGAUGGAUUUGCUCUUAAGUAAAGCUGUGCAGAAACUGGGAAGUGCCGCAUCAGAGCUUUUGAAUUUGGACCACUUGCAGUCCUGACAUUCAGAAUCUCAUCCCAUGGGUGGCAAAGACAAAGAGGCUGGAUGCAAAGGAGGAAGCAUGGUAAAGGCAGCAUCUCUCCAGGAUUCAUGGGCUCUUUGAGAGAUGAUCAGAGGGAGGCCAGAUGACCUGCACAACACACAGAGCACUGUUUCUCCUCUGCAAAGGCAGCAUCGGAGCGUUCUCCCCAGCCCCGCGCCGCCUGGCUUGCCCGAUCGUUUCCGGAUGUUUCGUAGCUGCGAGUGGGAAGUCCUGGAGCGAUCCCUCAAUAUCCUCCAGGCCAGUGACUUCUACUGGGGCCCCUUGUCCGUGGGGGAGGCUCACGCCAAGCUCCAGCGGGAGCCUGUAGGCACCUACUUGGUGCGGGACAGCUCGCAGGGGAACUGCUUGUUCAGCCUAAGCGUGCGGAUGCCCACGGGGCCCGUCAGCCUUCGGAUCUCUUUCCAGGAGGGCUAUUUCCGCCUCAAGAACUGGUUUUCAGACUGCGUGGUCCGGCUGCUGGAGCUGGUGGUGGCGGGGACCCGGAACAACCCCUUGCACUUUGAUGAGAUGGGGGGAACUCCCCUGGUCUUCUCCGAGCCCCUGUGCCGGAGCCGCCGGGCAGUGCCCACGCUGCGGGAAUUGUGCUGCCGGAGCCUCCCUGCUGGUGCCGCGACAGAGGGCAGAGCAGGGCUGGGGGGCUCCUUGGGAAUGUGUCUGAGGGAAGGGGUGUUCUCACCCCUGGACAGAAGGGGAGGGUCAGAGGGCAGCGUUGGCCCCAGCCCCUCUCUGUCCUGGGCUAGGAGAUGAUGGAUGCAUAUGGGAGAUGAAAGGAGAUGCCUCUUUUAUGGCUGUGCUGGUGGGAUGUGUGCCACACCAGUGAUGCUGGACUGGCUGCUGGGAGAGGAAGGGGGAGGGCAGAGGGAGCAGAGCUUGAACCCAGUGGCUGUGACAGAUGUGUCCUCAUACAUACACAGUGAGUGUGACUUUCCCAGAUGUGCCUGGGGUAAAGCCAGACUGUAAGAGCAGACAGUGCCACUGCCACCAAGUCCUGCUCUUUGCUCCAUUUAUAACUUAAAAGCUUCAGAAAAAAGGUGAGCUGCCCAUCUUCCCAAGUCCACCCUGUGUUCUCUUCUACCCCAAAGUGCUUGAGCUCAUUCCUGCCUCAAAUCUGCCCUGGUGGAGUGCAGCUGAGUCCAGUCAUACAGCAGUGCAGCUUGGACAUCGAUGGGCAUGACCCUUGUGCUGACCCACAAAGCUGUGGUGGAGCAAGAGCACGUUUCACUCCCUGCAGCAUAAAUGUGAUGCCUGUUACUUCAGAGGCCGGUGUUUGCACCAAGUGAAACCAUUGCAGCCAUGUACGAUACAUGCAGCUUCACUGGCUUUUGCAUUGCUUUAUUCGAUUGGAUUUUGGAGAGUGAAGAUGGGUUAUGCUGUACUUAAGGGCAUGGCAUUCCUGCAGAGAUAACCCUGGUCUGGAGAGUUGUAUCUGCCCUGGGAGGGUGUGAAGAGAUGGGAUCCUGCACCCUUUCUUAAGCUCAUGUGAUAGUGUGCUGCUGCCAUCUGUCGAGCAUCAGAAGAUGUUUUGGUUUUGCCUCUGAAA